AUGGCAUCCGAUUCCGAUUCCGAUUCCGAGAGUGCCGCCAUGGCUGCGGCCAUGGGCUUUUCUUCCUUUGGCGGCAAACCCGCUGCUAAGAAACGAAAAUUCAAUCCCACCACGGACGCCUUCGUGGAAGGCCGGGCAUUGGAAAAGCUGGACCGGGGUGGAAAGAAGGGAACGGGCAGUGGUGGCAAUAUGAUACCUCUUGGUAAGACCAGAGUUAUUGGGCAGAAGAAGGUUGUGGAAAAUCAUGAGGAGAUAAAUCUGGACGAAGACGAUGAGAAAGAUGCGAAUGGUAGUUGGGAUGGAGAUAGGGAUGGCUAUUUAAGCAACGCGGCGAUGAGAGGUAGUGGUGAGGAGCUGGAUAGUAGUGAAGGCGAAGGACCACAGUAUAUCAAUACAAGUCGGACGCCGCCUGCUGCAGAGGACGAUGGACCACAAUAUAUUGAUACCAGCGAGCCUGCUCCCGCAAUGCAUCCUGCCUAUGGAGCACCCAUACAUACUGAAACCAGCGAGCCUGCACCUGUUAUAGCGGAUCCAGUGUCAGAAGCUGAAGCCCAAGAAAUGCAACGGCGAAUUGAUGCCAUUCUCGAAAGUAUAGGUUCUGCUCCUCCACCUCCUAGCAACGACAUCGAAGCCCCACCACCUCCAGGAAAAGCUUCGUACUCACUACCACCGAAUAUGCCUCCACCGCCUCCGGGCCAAGACUUGCCUAAUAGAGGUAUUCCUGCGUUUGGGGCGGGUUCUGCUAAUACGGCAUUUAUGCAAGGUGGUUCUAGGGGAGGUUUUGCUUCUGGAGGUGGAGGCAGGGGGGCGAGGAGUGAAGCUGGGAGUUCGUGGGGAGGGAAUUCAAGGGGUGGGAAUAGAGCUGGGCAUGGGAAUUCUGGUAGAGGUGGGAGGAAUGAGAAGUGGUAUCUGGGGUACUAUGACGCGACGUUCAACGUCAAUCCUUGGGAGGCAUUAGAGAAGCAGAGAGGCUUGGAACCAGUUGGGUCGUGGUUGGAGUACCCCCAGAAUCAGGAUAGAGGUGGCCAGAGGGGUUGA